CACUUUCAUUACUCGAACGUCUCGUUAACGGUAUGCGGGAUGCAUGGCAACUUAAGUGAUACCCAUCCAAUUAAAUCCGGAGCACGGUCGAGAUAAUUCUCGAUGUUCUCCCUCAUUAUGUUCGUGCUCUCUUCAGCGGGGCUCCGGAACUGACCCCGGGGAUUUAUAAGUAAAGUGAUGGGACCCCAGUAAGACUGCACACUUCCAACGGUAACGGACCGAUCGACUCCAUUGUCAGUUCCACCGGCAAGACACUUUCACUUGCACUUUCUUAGCGAUUGGCAACGAUACAACAUGGUUAGACAAGUGCAGUUUUGUCUUUUGGUUUGCGUUUUCGUGGCGGCGUCGGUGACGCUGGCCGUCAGUGCACCGCAAACCGGCCAACACGAACCGAUCUCCGACGAAGCCAUCGAAUCCACGCUGAACGAUCGUCGUUACCUUCAAAGGCAGCUGAAGUGCGCCCUCGGCGAGGCGCCUUGCGAUCCAGUGGGACGCAGAUUAAAAAGCUUGGCGCCACUCGUGCUACAAGGAUCUUGUCCCAACUGCACUCCGCAGGAAGUGAAACAAAUAAGAAAAGUGUUGAGCUUUAUUCAAGUUAAUUAUCCCAAAGAAUGGAAUAAAGUGUUGCAACAAUAUUCCGGUUAAAAUUUAUGGAAUGCUUUUAAUUAUUAUUUAUUGUUUGUAUAUAUUUUUAUUCGAAAAUAUUAAUGUUUAUAAAAUUGUCCCUUUAAAUGUUAAAUAAACUUAUUUAAGCUA